AUGGACGACGCGGACCCCCGUCGCGAAGAGGAAGACGACCAGGACGAGGACGACGAGGACAGCGACGAUGACUACGACUUCGGCGGCGGCGACGACGACGUGGACGACGUGGGACCGGCCGUGGACGGUCGCGCGGCGCCACCGCCACCCCGCCUGGGGCCGUGGACAGCCACGCCCAACCCGGUGUACGGCCACCGCAUGAAGCUCUUCUGCCGCACAGGCUUCCACCUGGCCAUCGGGCCCAAGGGGCGGGUCACGGGCACCGAGAACCCCAACGACAAGUACGCUGUGCUGGAGUUCAGUUCAGUGACUAAUGGAGAAGUGCGAAUCCGUGGUGUUGAGGCCAACCUUUUCCUUGCCAUGAAUCGGCAAGGUAAACUCUACGGUCAGGCAAACAUUCGUCAAGAAGGGACAGUGUUUGUUGAGAUGAUGUUGGGUCGGUAUAAUACAUAUCUCUCGCGGAAAUUCGCUCACAUCGGCUGGUACGUGGGCAUAAAAAAGAAUGGCAAACAGAAACCAGGCCAGAAGACAGCAUGGGGACAAAAGGCUAUCCAGUUCCUGCCCAUCAGGGUGGCUAGGUGAACUGUUGUUCUCAGUAUU